UCCACGCACUCGCGAACUCCUCGAGCGCGCUCCUCCACACGCACUCUCACACGACGGGCAUCAAAGCGUCCACGUCACGGCAGACAGGAAGCGGAGGGGACAUCUGGCCGCUGCACGACGCGGCUCGACUUCGCGUCCAGCACCGCUGAAAUGUGUUCCCGCGCCUCUCAGCCGUGCACGCGCUGAAGCACAGCUGUUCUGGUGGCAUGUUAACGUCGCGUGUGAGCGCCAUCUGAGGACGUGAGAUGAAGAGGCAGCGACGACCCUCGGUGCUCGCCAUGUUGGCACUGGUGCUGAGUACUGCUGGGCUCGGCUCAGCAUCAUCAUCCUCACCAGCAUCUUCAUCACAACUGAGGGACCUUGAAACCAAUGGAUCACCACAAGAGGCGUCCAGUCAUGUCAACAACCAUGGCAAUAGCAGCAGAGACAGUGUUACUGUGGUGUCCAGCAGAGCAGACUGGGCUCCGGGGAGGGGGGUGUCGCCGCUGUGUGCCUACAGAGUGAUGGAGGGGGGCGCUGGAGGGCAGCUAUGUUUCCGCCACACUGUGUUUGGAUACAAGUGCCACAAGGCUGACUGCAGGGCCGCCGUGUCUGCUGGGGAGCUGGUGGCAAAUCUCCUUUCAAAUGGCAGUGUACUUCUGCAGUGGGCUCACGAGGACGACCCGCGUAUUUCUUAUUUAGCGCGUCGCCUUGUCUUGAACGCGACACGGGAAAACACCACAGCGCUUGCGUCCGUAGGCAGACCCCGCAAGUUAGGGGGGUUUGAGUUGAACUGUUGGUGGAAUGGAAGUUACACUCAGUUUGAUUGUCCUGGAGUUCAUCUUGGUUCUGGCUGCAGGGACUUUCUCAUGGAGGAGCUGCACGAGAACAUCCCCUACCGCAUCUGCCUGCGCCCCUUGGACACUUCUCAGAGGGCAAACCACAGGGACUGCGUGGAGUUUACCCUGCCGGCAACGGGGAUGCAGGACAUUGUGAUCGCCAUGACGACUGUCGGAGGAGCCAUCUGUGUGAUGCUGGUCAUCAUCUGUCUGCUCGUGGCCUACAUCACUGAAAACAUCAUGAGUCCCUCAACACAGCGUGCUCACUCCUACCGCUCACACCGCUGAGUUUGAAGGGUUAGAAUUAGGGAUGCUUUUGCUGCCGAUCACCGAUAUCCAUCAGCCAGAGUGCCGAUCACUGCUGAUCACAGAUCACACGUCUCCGCUUAAACGACACCUGCGAAAGGCUGCUCAUCUACCCUGGUGAAAAAAAUGAUUAUUUCGUUGGGCAAUUAGCUUAGUGUUCAGAAUGUCACAUGCUGCUGAGGAACCAGCGGUUUCACUUUCAUGAGCCCAGAAAACUCUGUGCUCCGACAAGUGCUGGUGCUUUGAAUUGCAUAUUUAAUUUGAAGGCGCUUCCCUGCGCAACAUUUUCCCGUGCAUGUGCUGCAGGAUGCAAACUUGACAUGACAGAUUGAAAGAAGCUCCACAGCAGACAUGUUGCUGCUGAGUGAGCCACUAGUAGUGAGGAGCGGACGCAUCACUGCCAGUGGGUCUUCACCACAUGUGAUCGAUUGUUGUGAGUGGCAAUGACCGGUAGUGAUUGGCAUUCGCAGAUCACGCUGAUAUCGGCCAGUCAUGGUCGGUGAGUGAUCGAUCAGAGCAUCCCUAACCCGAAUCCUACAGUCAUCAUUCAUGGUAACUGAAGCACAAUGUGGCUGAAAUAAUAAUGCGGUUUUCACCUCCACUCAUGAGUCCUCCAGUGUGUUCUUGUAAGGGCUGUCCAUGCCAGACCGAUCUGGCAGCAUUUACACAGCAAUAUAACUCAAGAUUCUGACUUUAUUUUGCACUGCAAACGAUACUCUGUGAAAGCGUCCGCCUCAGGUGUUACGACCUGAGUUAUGUUUUUUCCACUUUAAACAAAGAUCUGUGACAUGUGACUGUACGUUUUUGCAUUGAUGUUGUGCUAACUGAACAAACUGAGGUUCGACCCCUUUGUGUUCUGCUAUAAGUGAAUAAAGUGUGCUGUGUUUCUCCUC